AUGGUUCCUGAUUUAAUAUCCAAACAACAUCAACAUCCAUCUUCUGCCGGUAGCUUAGUGGAUUCUGCCUACAACAGCCCAAGCUCAACGAUCGACAGUGCCAUCAACAGCCGUCGCCUAUCAUCAGCAGCGUCCCGUAAAUGUUGUAUUCCCGAGGAAGAACAAAGACCUCGUCCUGCACGUGCUCCAACACCUACAGGCUCAACAACAUCCAGCUUGAAGCAAUACGGUGAAUGCUAUCGUCGUCUUGGUGAAGGUACCUCUGCUAUUGUGAUGGUAUUUCGCAAGUUGAACAAGGCUGGCCGUACAGAAAAGCUAUAUGCGAUCAAACAAUUCCGCAAAAGAUCUAAAAAUGAGACCGAAAAAGAGUACAUGAAAAAGUUGACGGGCGAGUUUUGCAUUUCAUCCACCUUCCACCAUACCAACAUUGUCGAGACCAUUGAUCUUGUAUUGAAUGAGCAAAAGCGGUAUUGUACAGUAAUGGAAUACUGUCCUGGCGGCGACUUGUUCUCGUGUAUCAUGACCGAUCGCAUAACGGAGCGUGAAAAGCUGUGUUGCUUGAAGCAAAUGAUGCAAGGUCUAGCCUACCUGCACGAAUGUGGUGUGGCACACCGUGACAUUAAACCUGAGAACAUGCUCCUAACGGCUGAUGGUGUGCUCAAGAUCACUGAUUUUGGCGUCUCUGAUGUCUUUCGAUUUGCAUGGGAACGUCAAGGCCACAAGAGCCGUGGUAUUGUUGGAUCCGAACCCUACAUUGCACCUGAAGCCUUUGACAACAAGGAGUAUUGGGGUGCUAUUGCUGAUGUAUGGUCGGCUGGUAUCGUGUUCUAUUGCCUUUGGACCGGUGGUCUCGUAUGGCGUAGAGCUAAAAAGAGCUGUGACAAGGCGUUCCAGAUCUAUACACGCAUGCAUCCUACACAAACCUUCGACCCUUUUGCACAACACUUUACCAACCCAGAUGCUCGCCGUAUGCUUUACAAGAUGCUUGAUCCCAGCCCCCAUACACGUAUUACCAGCAAUGACUUUCUUCUUGACCCAUGGGUUCAAUCUAUCCCUGUUUGUCAUCAUGGCAUUGAUGCCAACAACCACCGCCAUCAACACACUAUCCCUUCAAAGGCCAUUGCAAAGUAA